GAGAGAAUGCAAGAAGCACAAAAAAUUCCCAGGGCUACAGAGAGCACAUAAAAGGGGGCUGUAGUGUUGAUUCCACCAUUUAGACAAGGAUCAAGGUCAAGCACAGACAUGGCUGCUGAGAGCUCACGAACAUACCUACUUCUGGCGGUCCUUGUCCUGGGUAUCUUUGCUGAUCCCUGUGAGAGCCAAGAGUUGCGAUGUCAGUGUAUUCAGACCCAUUCUUCUUUUAUUCCUGUCAAAUUCAUCUCAAAAGUUCAGCUGAUCCUUGAAGGUGCCUCCUGCAGCAGAAAAGAAAUUAUAGUCACACUGAAAAGUGGAAAAUUAGUUUGUUUGGAUCCUGAAGCUGAAUGGGUGAAGACCAUUAUCAAAAAGAUUUUAGACAGAACCUCUAACUGAUGGUCAGCACAAGGAGCAUCAUAUCCCAUGGAUAUCAAGAGCCCUUGGUUUCAUCGUGAGCUUGGACAUCCUUCAGAAUUUUCUUUAAACUCGCACCAAUUUAUGCCAAUUUAGGACUAUAAUGAACUGCCUUCUCUAUGCUGCAGACCUAAAGGUUGUUUUCAAUCAGGUGAUUGGCUAUGUGACAGGAGAAUAAUGGAAGGAAAGGCCAUGUAAUUUCUGUUAUGCAGGAAAGGUAGUCCCCAAAACUCAUAGAGUUGGUACAAGGUUUCUCUGCUAGGCUCAAUAUUUUACCUCUCCACACAGCUCCCCUACAACCCUUUGGUCCACUUAAUUUCCUAGCUAACUCUGGCAUUUUACUACUGGUUUUCUCUCUACCCCAUCUUUUGAUAUCAACCUUAAUAACAUCAGUAAGUUUUUUACAAUUAAUUUAUCAACACUCCAGUCUCAAUGCUCAACCUUUUGAGCCCCAAAGAUCUUAACCUCCACCCCAUUGUAGUCACCCACAACUUUGGAUCUCAGUAUAAAGUAAGAUUACUUAUCUACAGUGUUCAAAACUAAAAUACUUCUUUUAGAGGAAUUUUUCAUUCAUUAUAAGAUCUAAAAUAGACUUCAUUAAGAAGAAAAUGAGAUGUCAUACAGCUUUACAUAAAAUUUCCUUAACUUUUGACAAUUCACUUUUAAAUUAAGCAAGCUUAAUAGAUAACAUCAGCCAAGAGUAGAAGUGAUCCACCCUAGGAAAUGUAAGGAGGAGGGGGAUGAAAUUCAUGACCACCAAGACCCAGGAAAGAUCA